AUGGGGCUUUUAUCAAUUUUACGUAAAAUUCGCCAGAAGGAAAAGGAGAUGAGAUUGUUGGUGCUAGGACUUGACAAUGCUGGAAAAACAACAAUCCUGAAACGUUUAAAUGGCGAAGACAUUAAAACUAUUUCACCAACACUUGGAUUUAAUAUCAAGACAUUGGAGCAUAAUGAAUUUAAAUUACAUAUAUUUGAUGUGGGCGGGCAAAAAUCAAUUAGAUCUUAUUGGCGUAAUUAUUUUGAACAAACUGAUGGAGUGAUUUGGGUAGUUGACAGUGUUGAUAGAAUGCGUUUGGGUGAUUGUAAAAAUGAAUUAAAAGCGUUACUACAAGAAGAGAGAUUAGCUGGUGCAUCAUUGUUAAUUUUUGCCAAUAAACAAGAUCUUCCUGGUGCACUUAAUGAUAAACAAAUUAGAAAUGGCCUUGAAUUAGAUUCAAUUUUAACUCAUCAUUGGGCUAUUCAAGCUUGUAGUGCUGUCACUGGUGAAAAUCUUCUUUCUGGAAUGGAUUGGAUUGUUGGAGAUAUAUCAUCACGUUUAACCUAUAUUUCAAAAAAUUAA